UUCAGCCUGCGCAUGAGCUAGCCUGGUUCCUGUGCGUUAUGGGUAGCUCAGGGAACCAGGGUAACACACGUUUAUCUGAAUCGGGAUCGGGACACAUAUGCACACAUAAGUUCAAAGGCGUUGUAAAGUUGUCGGUAAACAGUACAGAAACAAAGUAUUCCUUUUAAAGAAAUGAUUGGCAUGUGAUAUGAACUAUCAGAAUUACGAAUAAGCCGAAACUACAACAUGCAUCAAAUAGCAUAAUUAGCAAUGUUUUGUUGUUUUUCCGAAUACAGAAGGCGAAGCUAGGGUACUUCCCGAUUAAAUUUUUUUAAGCAUUAAAGUAUGAUUGAAUAAUUAUGUCCCUGUAUAAAUGUUAAAUUCUCAAGAAAAAUGCAUCAAAAUAUGAAAUUUUUGAUUUACAAAAAGCUGUCUCUGCAUAGUUAACAAAGUAGUGCGAAUCAUAAUGUGUGCGCAAAUACUAAAAUUCACCGAAUGCCUGAUACUAUACAUGCAAACUUCAUUCAUAGAUAGAUCAUAAUUAUUUUUAGUAGUAUGAACACUUUAAAUUCUGAGAUAAAAAGUCAGGGCUAUAAAUAUAUGUAUACGUAAUACAACGUACAAAUUUAGUGAUUAAAAGCAGAGGGCUAGAGUCGGUGGAAUCUCUGAUAGUCUUAAGGCUUUUACGUUUUCGUUGGAAACACAUGCAAAUGGUCCACGUAUUGUAGUCCUUUUUUAAAGGACAGCAACUUGUAUGUAUUCAUCAACUUGUAUUUAAAUCGACAAUCGCCCGCAAAAGGUGGGCCAAGAGCAAGACCAAGGACCAACAUUAAAUAUGAUUUCCUGCAAUGAUAGGCGACGAAUGAAAGUAUUCAAUAUUGUAGUAAUGAUUAUAUGGUCAGGUCUGAUGUCCUAUGUAGAUGGAUCCUGUGACUCAAAAGGGGACAUCGUUUUUCUUCUUGACAAUUCUGAGAACAUUGGCUAUAGCAAUUUCGAGAGAGUCAAAUCUUUUGUAAGCACCAUUGUCGGCCACUUCAGUGUUGCAAACGAUACAAAUCAGUUUAGUGUCGUCAAUUUUGACUCAUCUGCAAGAGAAAUUUUUCCCUUGAACCAAUACCAAACUGUGUCAAGUAUUCAGUCAGCUAUAUCUAACAUGAGCAUUUCAAACGAAUUUAGAAAAAGCAUCGAGAAUGCCCUUUACUUUGCCGGGAUGUUUUCUUUUACAAACACUACAGGUGCACGAACUAAUGCGGCAAAGAUAGUAGUUCUAAUCACAGAUGGUGAAAGUUCUCGUUCUCACCCGUCCGAAUAUCUUAAAGCAAUGGGGGUCACCAUCUUCUGUGUCGGUGUUGGUCCAAUCGUGCAAUGGGUCGAUUUUCGCUCAGUGGCUUCACACAACGACUACACAUAUCUGACCACGUAUGACCUGCUCCAUCUCUUAGCAGAGGAAUUAUCCAAUAGAACGUGUGCAGAUGAUAUUAAUGAUUGUCUUGGGGAACCUUGCCUAAAUGGGGGAACUUGUGAAGACCAGUUUGGAAAAUACGUGUGUCAUUGUCAAGGAGGGAAUACAGAUCCCAACUGUUACGUGCCAGGUUUGCCCAAUGUAACAAUAGGAUCUAGUGUUUUGGUAUCAUUAGGGUCAAGAACAACACUCUUUUGUUACGUCACAAGUACAACACCGGUCUCCUCCAUCACGUGGUUAUACCAGAAAAAUGGGGUCACUUCAGUAGUAAACACUGUGGAUACCUUAAAAUAUACCGGUGGAACUGUUGGAACACCCUCUCUGUCCAUAAUUAACGUUCAGUUAACGGAUGUAGGAAACUACAGAUGCCAGGCUCAAAAUACGGCAGGAAUUGGCCAUAGUGAAUCAAUGAUAAGUUUGGAGCUGAACCAAGAACUUCCAUAUGUGGUAACCGGCGGAUCCUAUUUUGUAAAUGCAAGCAGCAACGUGACAUUGACGUGCAAUUUUACAUCAUCAUACCCACCAGUGCAGAUGAUUCAAUGGUAUAAAUAUGACAGCGCUAUAACAACUGGUCUGACGGGGAAAUAUAUAGGGGGAACUCUACAGAACCCCUCCCUAACCAUCACAGACUUCCAGCUUGACGAUCAAGGAGUUUACAAUUGCUUAGCAUUCAAUUCAUACGGGAAAAACAGCAGUUUUGAUUUUGUAGCAUAUCUUGAUGGAGAUGCUCCAGUUGCCUUCACAGGACCAAAUAUGACUGGCAUGCCGGGUGAAACAUUGAUAAUUCCCUGUUCCGUUGGCGGGUCAAUAAGUAGAGUUUUCUGGACAUUUCAGUCCAUUGACCUAGACCUAAACGAAGCGGAAGUAAUAAACACUUCUUCAAAAUUUUAUUGGUCUUCCUAUUCACCCUCUUUACGAAUUUAUAGUUUGAGCAGUUCUGAUUUAGGAUUCUACAGAUGUUGUGCUAACAGUUCAAGUGGCCUUGGACGUAGUACACCUGUAUAUGUUACUUUCAGAGGAAUGCGAAUUAAUGUGGAUAGGACUACAUACUCAGUAAACACCGGUGAUGACGUCACGCUCUCUGUGUCUAUAUCCUCCGAACCAAAAGCAUACUGGAUCAACUGGAUAUAUAGCAAAACAUUAAUCCAUUCAUAUUAUUACCACUAUACCAUGCUGUCGAUGUCAGUCACUUCAUUCUCCGUUAAUAACACGGUUUAUUCAGACGUUAGAUACGACGGUGGGACCGACUUGUCACCUUCUCUGGACAUACGUAACGUCACAGUUUCGGAUGCUGGACGUUAUCACCUAGCACUGACCAACGUCGACGGCAUGAUAACCUCGAUACCGAUUGAUCUGAAUGUCGACAAUUAUUUUCCAAUUAUCGCGGUUAAACAGCAAAACUUCAGUGACGUUUACACAGAAACAACCGUCCGUUUUGAAUUAAAUGUAACAUCUCAAACACCCGUGCAAUCAGUAAGAUGGGAGAAAAGCAAUACUUCAGAUAUCUUAACCCGAAGUACAGUUAACAUUACUGACGACAGAAUACUUGGAGGAACCAUUGGCGACCCUUCUAUAACCAUUAGUAACGUAUCCGUGGCCGACACCGGCUACUAUCUCUUUACUGCCACCAAUGUUUACGGGCCUAGCUACAUGGGAUUCUUAUUAAAUGUAACCCUUCAUCAACCAAUCAUUAAUCUUCCGAAGACAUCCUACACAGCAUAUUUAGGAAGUAGUGUGACCUUGGAAGUAAACAUCACAUUUGCGUCAAGUCUAACCGACCUUUUCUGGGAAAGAAGAAAUGCAUCGACAUUAUCUUAUAGUCCUAUUGCCAUGUCCGAUAACCGGUUCCAAGGCGGUAAUGUUUCAUUCCCAUCACUGACCAUCCUUGAUGUAAAUGUGAGUGAUGAACAAUAUUAUAGAAUGCAGGCAACAAACCAGGAUGGGACGAUUGUCAGCUCAUUAAUAUAUUUGUCAGUAAACGUAACAACAAAUUCACCCACCAUUUAUUUGCCGAAGACAUACUACACAGCAUAUUUAGGAAGUAGUGUCACCUUGGAAGUAAACAUCACAUUUGCUUCAAGUCUAACCGACCUUUUCUGGGAAAGAAGAAAUGCAUCGACAUUAUCUUAUAGUCCUAUUGACAUGUCAGAUAACCGGUUCCAAGGCGGUAAUGUUUCACUGCCAUCACUGACCAUCCUUGAUGUAAAUGUGACAGAUGAACAAUAUUAUAGAAUGCAGGCAACAAACCAGGAUGGGACGACUGUCAGUUCGUUAAUAUAUUUGUCAGUAAACGUAACAACAAAUACACCAAUCAUUUAUCUGCCGAAGAUAUCCUACACAGCAUAUUUAGGAAGUAGUGUGACCUUGGAAGUAAACAUCACAUUUGCGUCAAGUCUAACCGACCUUUUCUGGGAAAGAAGAAAUGCAUCGACAUUAUCUUAUAGUCCUAUUGACAUGUCCGAUAACCGGUUCCAAGGCGGUAAUGUUUCAUUCCCAUCACUGACCAUCCUUGAUGUAAAUGUGAGUGAUGAACAAUAUUAUAGAAUGCAGGCAACAAACCAGAAUGGGACGACUGUCAGCUCGUUAAUAUAUUUACUAGUAAACGUAACAACAAAUUCACCAUUCAUUUAUAUUCCGACGACAUCCUACACAGCAUAUUUAGGAAGUAGUGUGACCUUGGAAGUAAACAUCACAUUUGCGUCAAGUCUAACCGACCUUUUCUGGGAAAGAAGAAAUGCAUCGACAUUAUCUUAUAGUCCUAUUGACAUGUCAGAUAACCGGUUCCAAGGCGGUAAUAUUUCAUUCCCAUCACUGACCAUCCUUGAUGUAAAUGUGAGUGAUGAACAAUAUUAUAGAAUGCAGGCAACAAACCAGGAUGGGACGACUGUCAGCUCAUUAAUAUAUUUGUCAGUAAACGUAACAACAAAUACACCAAUCAUUUAUCUUCCGAAGACAUCCUACACAGCAUAUUUAGGAAGUAGUGUGACCUUGGAAGUAAACAUCACAUUUGCGUCAAGUCUAACCGACCUUUUCUGGGAAAGAAGAAAUGCAUCGACAUUAUCUUAUAGUCCUAUUGACAUGUCCGAUAACCGGUUCCAAGGCGGUAAUGUUUCAUUCCCAUCACUGACCAUCCUUGAUGUAAAUAUAAGUGAUGAACAAUAUUAUAGAAUGCAGGCAACAAACCAGGAUGGGACGACUGUCAGCUCGACAAUAUAUGUAAAUGUAACAACAAGACCCCCUGUAGUAUCGGUGGGAAUGGCCUUGCACACAGUUGCAACACGGGCUUCCUUUUCUCUCCAAGUAAACUACACUUCUGGUCCAGAAAUGAAAUCAAUUUCAUGGGAAAAAGGAACCAGCUAUUAUUUCCAUCUCUACGUCUCGGUGAAUAUAACAGCACACAGUCGCUUCACCGGGGGUACGCUUGACAGCCCCUCACUGGAAAUAAAUGAUGCGAAGCCAGAGGAUAGUGGAUAUUACCGAUGUCGUGUUACCAAUAAUGACGGGACUACCACGACGCCUGUGUUCACCGUUCUCGUGCAGAAACAACUAGCAAAUAUUAAUAUGGUAGAUACGACAUAUUCGCCAUUGUCCGGAGACAAUGUGACAAUAUAUGUGACCAUCACCGAUUUGGAAAGUAAUUCUACGAUCACAUGGGAACGACAAGGUGAAAACGAGGCUAGUUUCAAUGUAAUCAACACGCAGACAAACGUCAAGUAUGGAGGGGGUACAUUAUUGUCUCCCUCUCUUACCAUUUACAACAUCACAGGCACUGAUGUUGGGUAUUAUCGCUGUAAAGUUACAAAUAUAGAUGGCACAACGACCAGCUCAUUGAUCUAUAUCGGUCUAAAGAGCGAUUCCAGUUGUGACAAGCUGAGCUGUGGAGGUCUUAGAGAAUGUGUUUUAAUGAACAACAAACCUACCUGUUCUUUGUCGACCUGGAAAGCGGCAGCUGUGGUGGUAGCAGGUACUGUGGGCGCCGCCGCCUCUGUGGCUGCAGGGGUCGCUGCCUUUAAGUUACUGUCUAACAAGGCAAUAAAGCCAUUAAAUGGGAAUGGGAAUUCCCAGGGAUCCAACUCAAACUCGAAUAAGAGGAACAACAGAAACAACAAUGAUAACAACGAUCAUAACAGUGACAACAAUAGCAAUGACAACAACAGCGAUGACGACAACAGCGACAGAAAGAGUAACCAUGACGACGACCUGCCGGACUCUGUCUACGUUGGGGGGUUCCAGGGGGUCAUCAACUCCAUGCCUCCUCCCAGUAUGUAGUUCAGUCGUGUCUUUUAAUAAAAUGAAAAACAAUGUGCAAAAUUGAUACAUUUCAAGCAAAAUCCCAACUUCGAAAUGACCUCUUAAACAAACGAUGUGGUAAACGUCUGAUUCUUUUAUAAUCAUUAUAAAAGAAGAAAAUGUGUACAUUUUCAUAAAAAAAUCUAGGGCAGAACAAAUUAGACCUUUCCUCGUUAAAUUUGAUUAAAUUAAUAAUUAAAUUAAUAUUAUACUGUAUAUAUUAAUCAAUGUUUGAGUUCUUUUUAAAUUCUUAAGAAAAAAGUAUUGAUCAAUUUAUUAAUAGCUGUACAGACAUGAAAACUAUUGGAUAAUGACAUAGACUUUUCAUUCCCUUUUCAUAUGUAAUAUAAUAUUUCGUCAAGUAAUUUCGAUAGGCUUGGGGUUAUUUUUUUUAAGGAAAUUAUUAGGUUCCAUAACCUAAGGAUCUACAAGUAAAUCCUGGUUCUACAUGAACUCGAGAGCUCUGACUAGCAUUUACCUACGAGUACUUAUAGUGAAACACGAUUCUUCCAUUAUUUGUUUAACGUUAGAAAAUUUAAUGCAUGCUGGCGGACGUAUUCCAUACUAAUUGUAGACCAUAAUUAAUCACCUUAUUGUCUACGGACUUUUCUUUUUUCCCCGAUUACGACUAAGAACACACGGCGGGUGUGACCGGUCAGCAGAGGAUGCUCACUCCUCCUAGGCACCUGAUCCUAUACCUCUAUCUUUUUAGAGCUCCGUGUUGCUCUGCUUUGAAUUUGUAUUUCGUUUUAUGGAGAUUUGAGAUGGUUGAGUUUGUUAUUGCCAUUUUUCAUACUAGCAUUGUGGAUAUUUUAAAAUAUUGAAAUAUAAAAAAUACUAUUAUUGACUUUAAUUGAAGGAUUUACCCUUGUUGAAAAGCAGAUUUGUCUCUAAAAAAAAACAACCGACCGAUCAAAUCAAAACAUACCUUUACAUUCAAGCAUGAAAAAGAAGUGUAUAGGAACGAUAAACAGAAUUGAGAAUGCAAGGGAAAUACAACUAUCUAGAUCAUUGUCUUUCAUAUAUUAUUGUUUUUUAUAUAUACAUGUACUUUUUGACUGUGAUAUUGAUUGUUAUAUUGAUCAUGUUGAAGUUUUAGUAAAGAAUACAUGCAUGUUUCCAGUA